UGUGACAAAGCACCAUAUUGGUCAGCUCCAAGAAGGGGAGUGUCCACAGUCGUCUCAACUGAUAGGUGGUUUAUCCAGUGAUGUGAUUCUGUAUCUAGGUAACUCCGCCCACCGACAGCUCAGUCACGCCCUGCGGUGGAGAAGGAGCGGGAGGGACUUCCGUUGUUAGGGUGCUGGCGGCCUGGUUGCUGCAGUGCAGACUGUAUCCUGGGAUUGGAGAAGGCCCGGCAUGUGCGGCUGAUACACAGGCGGCGACAUGAACGGCUUCAGCACCGAGGAGGACAGCAGGGAUGGGCCUCCGGCCCCGGCCGCUCCCUUCUUCGGACAGACGUGUUGCCUGAUAGACGGGGGUGAGCGCUGCGCCCGGCCGGCUGGAAACGCGUCGUUCAGCAAGCGGGUGCAGAAGAGUAUCUCUCAGAAGAAGCUCAAGCUGGACAUCGACAAGAGUGUUCGACAUCUUUACAUCUGUGACUUCCACAAAAAUUUCAUUCAAAGUGUCCGAAACAAGAGAAAGCGGAAAACCAGCGAUGAUGGAGGAGACUCUCCAGAGCAUGAAACAGACGUCCCAGAGGUUGACCUGUUUCAGCUGCAAGUGAACACUCUUCGCAGGUAUAAAAGACAUUACAAGCUCCAGACCCGCCCUGGACUCAACAAGGCACAGCUCGCAGAGACUGUAAGCCGGCACUUUCGGAACAUUCCAGUAAAUGAAAAGGAGACUUUGGCUUAUUUUAUCUACAUGGUGAAAAGCAACCGAAGCCGGUUGGACCAGAAGUGUGAAAGCAGCAAGCAGCUGGAUGCAUAGCCAAUGGGACCUGAUGGGCAGCUGUCUUGUUUUUGUAUGUAGGACUUGCGGAUGCAGUGACUGCUUAAGCCGCUGACUCUGUGCCAUAUUGUGCUUUCCUGGCACCAAGGAGAGGAUGGUUUUCUUAUACUAUAGACAGUGAUGACGUUGCACUGCGCUUUUGCAUGAGACUGGAUAGAGUUGGGUUGGUAGGAUCCACUUACUGUUUUGUAUCUAGGGCAUAUGCCAUUUAUACGUAGAGGACUUCAGGCUUGCUGGAGCAGGACUUUCUCUCCUAUGUACAGAAGACACUCACAAAUGCACAGUAACAAUACUCUUUGCAAGGAAGUCACCGGUUGGCGACUAUCCAUGCUGAACUUAUCGGUAGCAAGAAAGGAAAAAAGACUCUGGCUUUCUCCCUUAAUGCAGAAGGGGUUAGUAACCCAUCUUAAUGUGGAAGAACAGAGUGGCACAGUGUUUUGGGAUUGGUGCUUAUGAUUAUAUUACUGAAAGCACACAGUAUAGGGGAAAACUCUGCCAAAACCACCCACCACUUAACUACACUGCUAACACAACAUAGGCGGGUGGUUGGCACAGCCACUUGGAGCAACGCAUUGCCAGCAGAUUUCCCACACUCCAUAUCGGCAGCUCUAUUUUCACAGCAAUAAGUGGCGGUUUAACUUACAGUAGCCGCUGAGCCCCGACCCCCACAUUUUUACUACACGAUUUAUUAACCUUUCUUAUAUUUCCAGAGCUCUGAUCCACAGGCUGCCUUCGUGCUUGUUAUAUGAAUUUAUCAGACUCAUUACGGUAGGCGCAGUGGUCUUAAGUACAGCACCGUCGCGUGUCGCAAAGGUUUUAAGGUCAAGGUUUUAAACGUUUUUAUGGUUCUAUUCACCAGAGCUUAGUCUUAUAGUAUGUGUCAUGUCAGUCUGGUAUGUCCAGUUUUUAUAUAUAAUAUAAUUGUUUUUAAUCACACGUUGAGCUUCCUGUCUCCAUCUCACAUUAUUUUAGCACGAUGCAUGGAUUUUCGUGCCUGUCAUUGUUUCCACCAUAUCGUCACUCCUUUCCCUGCUUAGAGUACUGGUCUCAAUUGGGUCAACAUUAUCUCAAGCUACUUUAUCCCCUGCAGUGCUCCUUAUCGGGGAGGAUGAGGAUAUUGUGCAAAUAGGUUUUAUGUGGAGCGCCUAUUAAUAUGCUUAUCCAGAAGAAUAGGCAUGUUGGUGUAGCAUGUAUUGCCCCAGCACAGAAGAAGCAUUUACAUGUAAUUGUGACAUAUCCCAAGCAUGCUGACAUUGAAAGAUUCUGCCUAUUUAUCUUUGCUUUAAGCUAAGCAGCACUGGACCAGAUAUGGAAACUUGUCAUUUAGAACUAGCUGGAGGUGAUACCAGUAUUAAAAGAUGGUGGAGCCAUUCUUGUUUUGUAGUAAGGACAUUCCAUGCCCAGAACAAGAAGGAGGGAAUUCAAAUGUUUGAAAAGUCGGUUGGGUGUCUGUUUUUUCCUGUCUAUUCGAUAGGAAAAAACAGACACCCAACUGACUUUUCAAACGAUUGAAUAUCCCCCGGAGUGUCUACUUUGAGUUAAGGCCAACAAAACCAAGAGUUGAUCUCCGCUAACUGCACAGGGUUUUAAAAUCCCUCAAUAUUUAUUUGUCUUCCUAAUAUAUUAUUUGUCUAUUACUGGGCUUCAGUGUUCAUUCUGUGGUCCCUGCUAACUCCCACAUGGGCUCCUAUAAUGACCUAAUAUUUGGCUUGUGUACUGAGAGAGGAAUGAGAAAGUGUAUGUCCUUCCUGAUUGGAUAGAUUUGGUAUGCCCUGUCCCAUGGACUUUUACACCAGAUGGUUAAGAGACUAUAACGUAACUGGUAAUGUAGCCUGGGUGUGGAGUCUUAGCCUAAAAUGGUCAGCGCCAUUUAAUAUAUAGAGCUUAAUAAGAAUGAUCACAAAACAGAAUUCCCAGUCUAAGUUUAGAAAGCCGCUUUGUGGAAAGAAUUUGAACAAGACACUUUACACAGUUCAUGAUUACAUCUAAAGCUCCAGCAUAUGGAUCUGUCUCUGUUGCAGCCGUUUAAGUUUAUUAUUCCACAAGCAUGUCUGUCUAUACCGCAGGAAUCUCUGAGACUAAGCUUCAGUAAAAGUGAUAAGUGUCUUGACUGUGCUCUAUGAAGGACCAUUUAUAGUGAGUGACCAUGGCUGCAAAUGAUUCAGCUGCGAUCAAUAUCAAAACGUGACAUCAAAAUCUAAAACCUGUAGUAACCGGAGUCUCUCUUUAAGCCUUCUCUCCUCUGUGAGUGCUGCUGCCCCUGUGCAAGACCCAUCUUUGUGUUGCACAGUCCCAGCAAAUGGUGAAUGCUGCAGUAUAGGGCUUGUUAAUCCCUAUAACCGCCAUUGGGGCAGAUGUAUUAAGCCUGGAGAAGGCCUAAAGAAGUGAUAAAACAGUGAUAAGUGCAAGGUGAUAAUGCACCUGCCAAUCAACUCAUAACUGUCAAUUUACAUAUCAGAGCUGAUUGGCUGGUGCGUUAUCACCUUGCACUUACCACUGUUUUAUCACCUCUUUAUGCCUUCUCCAGGCUUAAUACAUCUGCCACAUUAUUUGAAGAUGGUCAGAAGAUAAAAUGAACCGUGCAGCAAGAAAACAGCUGAGACCAAGAUGCUUACAGCACCACGUGGCCGAGACACCCUGAAAUACAUGGCAGAGUCUUAGAAUUGUGUAGGUUAAUCUCUUGCAGGAAAAGUACUCCUUCUACACUGUAUAUUUUGACUGCCCAUUUAAUCUGUGCUGCAACAAAACCCUGAGCGUAACCAAGCGGUUUGGUGAAAUAAACUACCCAACUAUACAUCACGUUUAUGUACAGUAAGUCCCUGUACUGUGUAUACUAAACAUCUGCAUUUACUUUUAAAUGUUAAUUACUGUAGUUAUAACCUGUAAACACUGGCCUCAGCCUGUCGCUCCGCCGGCUGCUCACCUCCGAUUUAUCCCCUCGCAGUGAUUGGACAAGGAAAAUCUGUUCAGCUUCAUUUCACCAUUGUGUUGUCAAAGCUCCUACUGGCUAUGAAAAUCCCUCUUAUACAUAUUCCCUGUCCUUUUUCAACUUACCAUUUAUAUUUUAAAAUCAUUUUUACACUUCUUUUUUUAAAUAUUUAUUGUACUAAAAUAUAGUAUGUUAUAAUUAAAAUGACUUGUUUAGUGUU